UUUCACUUUCACUUUCACUUUACAGAACACGAUGUUGAAUAACAAAUGUCAUCUUGGAUAUAAACUAUUUAUAUUAUCCGUUAGAAGAUCAUGUUUCAAAAGUCAUUUUCAAAGAUUAUUCAGUCACCCCUUCUCUUCAUCCUCCCAACGUACCCCGAAGGAUAAAACAAAUACGAUGGAAAAAUUAGUACAAAAGUACCGUAAAGAAAAAAGCAAAAGAAUCCUAUUCCAAUCCUUCAGUGGAAGUUUUUUAGUGUUAAUGAUUUACAUGUAUUUUAAGGAAGAUAAUGACCUUGAUAUUCAAGCAAAUAUUGAUGCAUUAAAAUUACAAGAAAAGAGAUGCAGUGAUGCACUUGAAGGCAAAAUACCACUAGGAACGGACAUCACACGGGAAAUGGCUGAAGAAGACCUACAGAGAAUACGACAUGAGCUUAAACAAGAAACACAGAAACUGGAAGGACUCUAGACAUUGUGUACAAUCAAGUGCCAAGCUACCAACUCUGCAAUACUAUCAAUUAAAAUACUGACUUGUAAUUUAUGAAUGAAUGAACUGCACAGUGACAUAAAUUUUAAAGUUUUUA